UCCGACAUCUGCCUCUACUUUCUCGCCAUCUUUCUUCCUCCCCUCGCCGUCUUCUUCAGGAGAGGAUGCAAUGCCGAUUUCCUGAUCAACAUCGGUCUCUCUAUCCUCGGUUGGAUUCCCGGUGUUCUGCAUGCAUGGUGGAUCCUUGGCAAGCACGAUCCUGCGAGAUACCAAUAG